AGGCAGCUGGCAAGUUUUUCCGGAAAAGCGGCUGAUUUUCUGGAAAAACUGGCCAGUCUAGAUACAGCCACAGUAAUUAAAUAAAGGGUUUUUGUUACAAAAAAAUUAAUGGCUUUAAUCUAAGUCAUAUUUUGUCUCAUUUGACACUGUAUCAGACUAACAGUCUGCAGAAAACUCUUAAGUUUAGAGGAGGAAAACUAAACCCCACAAAGUUGCACUUUGAAGCUUUUGCUUGUUUCUGUGCUCCAGAAUGUUUUUUUCCGAAGACACUUAACAGUGUUUUAGUCCUUAAGAUGAAGUGUGUUAAAGUUGAACUGCAAAGCUGAAAUGAGCACAGGUCUUGGAAAAAAUAUUUUACUCCUAUUCCUGAGAGAGUAGGAUAGAGGUAGUGUCAUCUGCCUCUCCCUUUUUACUUUGUGACUUUUGGGUUCUUUUUGUUACGACAUCGUUUCUCAGAUCUUUUUACAGUAUGUGUAACAUAAUAAUACAGAGUUUAUCUGUAGACAUCUCUAUCACAAUUGCACAUAGCAGCUUCUCUCCAUUAUUCCCCCUUUAAAAAGAGGCUGAUAGUACAUGCCUGCUUCAGGUAUGUGAUAAGUUUAAGUAAUAUUUUCUGAAAUGUUAGCACAUUUUCUGAAAUGUUAGCACAAAAAUCUAAAAUACUACACAUAUGCUAAUAGAGGCCUCAUUAUCUGUAAAAUUGAGUAGUUUAGGGGUUUACGCAAUCUUUUUAAUUGCUGUUUCAUACAAAAUUUGAAACCAAACUUUCUUAGGUUUUUUUUUCCAUUUAGAAAGAAUUGAUAUCCUGAGUAUCAGCUUUAGGACAUAAGUAGGGAAUAUAGCAAAGCUAAUAGAAGAUAGUGUUUUAGAAUGAGUCUUGUUAUGUAAGAAUAAGCGGAACCUCUUCCAUUCUAAUCCCCACAUAAUUCCGUAAAGUGCAUAUCCACCCAAAAUCAGCGUCUAAUGCAGGCAUUGCCAAAUAUGGCUUGCGGAUAACUCUCCUAUUUAAUCUUCUUAUACGGCCUCUGGAGACUAUUAAGCCCAGCAGACAAUGUGUGGGUUUCUGAUAAUCUGACUGUAAAUGGCACAAAUUUGGGGUGCAUCUCUUAAAACUGUGUGUGUGUAUGAUGAGAGGAGGUUGCUGAGGAAGAGAGUAGUUUUAAGCAAGUAAGGAAAGUUCUUAACCAAACCAUAAUGCAUUCUCAAUAAAUGCUUAAAUGCUUUAUCCUCUGUGCAUAGGAAAGAACAUGGUAACAGAAAUUACUGUCUUAGGACGGAUAGAUAUUACAGGCAAUAGAAGUACUAUGUUCACUUAAAACAUGUCAGUGUGAAUUGCCAUAAUACAUAGGUUGAGCCUAGUUUUUCUCUCACCCUUUUUAAACCAGUGUAAUUCCACUAAUUUCAGUGGACUAGCCACAGUGAGAACAGAAUCAUACUCCUACUACUCAAUAUAUAUCACAUUAGAAUUCUGAUGGUCAAGGUGCUCAUUCAAUAUGUCCUAGAAUAGAAAAGGGAUAAACCGCUAUUUCAGAUAUGUAUUCAUGUGGCACAGUUAAUGUUGCUUUUAAAAUGCUUAAUUUUUGCAUUUCUCACCCUUCGCUAAUUUUAACUGUGGAGCUCUAUAUUACAUUAGUGGAGAUUUUUCAUUUAAUAAGUUGUAGAGAAAUUAACAAGUAUUUAAGGCCCCAUUUUAGGAAAAUAAUUAAGCAUGUGAUUAAGUUCUUCCCUAUUCAGGUUUGCACUUGAGUACCUGUUUAAGAUUAAGCAUAUCCAUAAAUUCUAUUGACCUCCAUGGGAUACAUACAUACGUUAAGGAGCUAUCCUGAAUUAGGGACUAAGUAUGAAUAGAAAUGAGAAAACUUUAACAGGUUUGUUUAAUUCCUUGUAGGGUUUACAGAAGUGGAAUUAUUUUGCCAUCACUGAACAGACAACACAGUCACUGUCCUCCUUGGAAUUGUGAGCGUUGACCGCACCGUUUUAGCUCAACAUUUUAAAUUGGUGUCCGUCUAGAAAGGAUGAGUCAGGAGAGCAGCCCAAGCGACCACAUGGGGGCUCAAGGAAGAAACCAGGAGGGGCUUUGCAGCGUUGGAAGACCCGCUGGCAGGACUCCUGGACAUGCUGGAGAGCAGCAGUGACUGGCAGGGAAAAGGGCACUCCCUGGGAUGUUACAUCACCAAUGAGCUGCAGCUGUGGAUAAAGGAACAUCCUGUAGGCCAGCAGUCUGGCUUGAGACUGAAGAAGCUCCAGGCCCGAGUGUUCAGAAUCCUAGCCCAGAGCCAAGUUAAUCUUCUUGACCCGCUGCUCAACAUUUAUCAGCUACAUGCAGCAGACCGGACCAGUUUGCUUGGCCAUGUCAGCCAUAUGUACCACAAGGGCAAGUACAAAGAGGCAGCCAUUCUGAGUAUAAAGCUAAAAUUACAGCUAGAUCUAGAUGUGGAAAAGAUGUGCACGCCAUUGCUACUUCAAGAGAAAAUUAACCUUGUAGAGACUUAUGUGGCAGAAUACCCUGAUCUCCAGUGCAAACUCUUGAAGACAUUGGAUAUGUGGUGUGAACCUGGUUUUAAUACUGCAGAUGUUUCAAGGCAGUAUCCAGGUUUACGACCUGACAAACUCAACCACAGAAUGUUAAGCAAACUGGUCUUCAAGCUCCUAGAACAAUAUAACCUAGAUCCAGCUCUUUGUCCAAAUGUCAUAAAUCAGCGACAUCUAGGCUCUCUGAAAUAUCUCUUCUACAAGAGGUUUGUUGAGAAAUCGAUGACUCAGGAGAAUUGGGCUGAUCAUGUUGAGAACACAGUCGGGGAGACUCGAUGGCUACAAGAACAGCUCAUCCGACUCCUAAUCAGCCACUGCGAUCUGAACACAGCUGCUAGGUGGGCUCUCCGCUAUAACUUGCCUGAGCAGACCCUGCCUCGUGGAGUGGCUGAUGAACUUCAGAAACUCCACAUCCAGGAGAGAGUAGAAGAUGCUGGGAGCAGACUGGAUGAUUGUGCAGAAGAUAGAAAGGAGGGUUAUUACCAGCUCCCCAUCCCUAGGGAGAACAUUCACUUCCUGCAGACACGGGAAGAGAUGCUGAGGUGGAUGGAGAAGGUGCUGCAGCCCGGCCAGGUGGUUGGCAUCGACAUGGAGUGGAGGCCAUCCUUCGGCCUGGUGGGGAAGCCACGCGUCUCAGUGCUGCAGAUCGCUGUCGAGGAGCGGGUGUUCCUUUUGGAUAUGCUGCAGCUCCUCAAGCCAGAUGAGAUGGAGCAGCUCGCCCGCUUUGUCCAGGCCCUCUUCUCAGAUCCAAGCAUCAUUAAACUAGGUUAUGGGAUGUCUGGGGACCUGAACAGCCUAGCUUCUACCUGCUCUGCUUUUAAGGACAUGGAUAAGCAGGUGCAAGGCACAGUGGACCUGCUCACAAUAGAUAAACAACUGCAGAAGCGCUGCAGUGGCCGAAAGAAGAGUGGCCUUUCGGUUGAUGUACUGUCACAGGAGAAGAGUUGUGGGGACCGAGCGUUCAGACAGCCGGAAAGAGGGCUCAGCCUGCUGGUGCAGCAUGUCCUGGGGAAACCUCUUGAUAAAACUGAGCAGCUCUCCAACUGGGAGAAACGGCCCUUGCGGGAGGAACAGAUCCUUUAUGCAGCGUCGGAUGCGUACUGCUUGCUGGAGGUGUAUAAGAAACUGUGUGAGGAUCCAUCAGGCUUUGGUCUGUGUUCAGACCUCACUGAGAGCCUGGUGAGGAAACCUAACCCAAAGCCCAGGGCAAAGAAGCCGCUGAAUCAGCAAGAAAUGCCAACAACUUCGAAGCAGCUAGCCAAAGUGAUAGGCCCAGAGGCUGUGAGCGCCCCUCCUCCUGUCUCCCCCAAGGAGUUCAGCGUGGUCUGCGAUAACAUGCUGCAGGGGCUUGGGCGCCACCUUCGCUGCCUCGGCGUGGAUGUUCGCAUGCUGGAGAACGAUGAGAGCCAUCGAAAAGCUGCUGAGAUUGCCCGGAAGGAAGGAAGGGUCAUUUUAACCUCUGGACUCCCAUAUCAAACACUACAGUCCCAGGUGGGAGAAGGAAGAUGUUUCUCUGUGGAUUGCUCGGAAAAAGCAAAGGAGCAGGCCCUCCAGGUUCUGAAGCACUUCAAUGUUAAAGUGUCCGUUGCAGAUGUCUUCAGCCGUUGUCAGCUGUGUAAUUGCGACAAGUACCUGAAGAUCUCCAAAGAGCAAAUGAGGCGGCUGAUGCAGCGCGGAGGGCUCUUAACAGACGAAGAUGCUGCAGGUUGCCUGUCAAAAUCUGAAGAGAAACAAGAGACAAACCCAGCAUCUGACACCUCAGAACCCUGCUCCCUGCCACCGAUUUACAGCCCAGCCUGCCAGUGGCUGCAGGUGGCAGCCCUGUCCCGCCUGGGGUGCUGGGCAACGCAGACCUGUCAUGCUUCUACUGUUGCACCCAGUGCGGCAAAGUGUUCUGGGAGGGCUCGCACUUGGGGCGCGUGCUCGCUCAGUUCAAGGAGGCUUUGUGCACCGCAGGGGGAAGCCAAAGCUUCUACGAGCUGAGCUAAUGGGGAGGAUUCUGGAGCAGGGCUGCAGAUACCGCCUGGCUCUUGAUUCCCCGAUGCUGCUGCGGCUUGCACAAGGGACAGGCCGGGACUGAGGCUCAGGCCUGGGAGUUGGGCUCCUUGGGGGGCCUGUGGGCUGAGGCCUGGGCAAAGAGCUGUAAGGGGCCAUGCUGCCCACUGGCUUGACGUUGACUGGCCUCCACGGCACUCAUUAAAGGAGAGAUUCUGGGACCCAUCCGUGUGGGAUGGCUGCUCAUUGGC